AUGUCGCUCGUCAAAAGUACGCAAGCUUAUCCAUAUCAAUACCAAUGGGAAAGAAUCCGAGAUAAUCCGUUUGCUGACGUUGCUCGCCUUAGUCAACAGAUCGAUAAUUCCUUUACAAAAUCAGAUCCCUUAGCCGAGAGAGUUAUGCCACCAACAAACGACUUCGAUGAAUCUGAUAAAUACAAUAGAGAAUCUUUCAUGAUUCCAAAGUCUUAUUCCUGGGCACCUCCAAAGGGUCCUGCUUUUAUGCGUCAUCCAAUGCCUGACUAUCAUAUCAGGCCUGAAUACAGUACAAGACAUAGAGCUCCCUUCACAACAAGACCUUUUGUAAGACCUAUUAGUGGAUUAUCCAGUGGAAGUAGCGGUAUCGGUCGACCUGGAUCGAUCGUUGCAAAUGGAAUAUUUUCAGGACCUGGACGUUUCGUUGGGAAUUUGAAAUUUACUCAACCUGAAUUGUUUGACACAUCCAGAACUCACCAGCAUGAAUAUGAAUCUGAAACAUCUGAAAAACGCCACAUUACCCGUGAAGAUUUAUUUUCUGAACUACAUGCUAUUAAAGAGGCACUUCAAAAACUAACAUCUGCUGUCAUUCGGAUAGAAAAUGAGAUCAGCUUUAAAACUUUUACAACUUUACCACAACCUCCAGUUUUGAUUGAUCCCAUUGUGGCAUCUGACUUGCAACCCAAGGAACCCAGUAAAGAAGGAGUUACUUAUCCAACUUUUACAACCUCAACACAACCUCCAGUUCUGAUUAAUUCCAGCAGAGCAUCUGAACUGGGACCCAUAGAAGCUAAUAACGAAAAAGGAGUUAAUUAUCCCACUGUGACAAGCUCAACAAAACCUCCAGUUUCGAUUGAUUCCAACAUGGCAUCUGAAAUAAACUCAGUAGAGUCUACUUAUGAAAGUAUGUAUAAAAAUACUGCUACAAAUGAAGAGCCAUUUGUUAAUCGACUCCUAGAAAACACACUAUCUAAAACUCAUUUCUCAUCAAUUUCUUAG